AUGCAUGCUUCAGGCCCAGUAGACCCUUCGCAAAGCAAGCUGUUUGCUCCCCUGGUAUUAGGUAAUCUUUCACUGUCUCAUAGAAUUGUCCUUGCCCCGCUCACCCGGAACAGGGCGUCGUCCUCAGAAGCGCACAAGAACACAUGGGUUCCGAAUGAACUAAACACUCUCUAUUAUUACCAGAGGGCAACGCCAGGCGGCCUUCUUAUAUCGGAAGCUACGCCUAUCUCCCGACGCGCAUCGGGGUCAUUAGGCGUCCCUGGAAUAUAUACCCUCGAACAAUGUCAAGGGUGGGCGAGUAUCACAAAAGCGGUCCAUGACAAGCAAGGCUUCAUCUUCUGUCAACUCUGGCAUCAGGGACGUGCAGCACAUAGUAGACUGACCGGCCUUGAACCAUGGUCUUCAUCCGCCGUCCCGAUACAAACGCUGCACCGAGCCAAAGGCUACGACCCAGCACCCUUUGACACGCCACACUCCAUGACUUACGACGAGAUACAGGAGGUCCACCAGGAGUACAUAACAGCGGCUCGAAACGCCAUUGCGAGCGGGUUUGACGGCGUCGAGGUCCACGCUUGCAACGGGUAUCUACCGGACCAGUUUCACCACUCGAAUAUCAACGUGCGGAUGGACGAGUACAGCGGUUCGCCCGAGGCACGGUGUCGCUUCACGAUCGAGCUCGCUCAGAAGCUCUGCGACGCCAUCGGCUCCGACAAAGUGGGCGUACGACUCGCACCGUUCGGGCUAUACAAUGAAACUAGAGGCGACGACCGUCGACAUCAAUGGACCUAUUUAUGUUCAGCACUUUCCAAGCUUGAAGUGGCUUAUGUUCAUCUCAUAGAGCCUCGAUUCGAUGAAUGGCGGUCUGAAGGCGAGAAGCUCGAGCUUCUGCACCGUUCAGAUACCAAAGAAGAGGUGUCAUUGAGACCGUACCGCGAAGCUAUCAGAUCACCCACUAAGUGCAUCGUAGCCGGUGGCUACCAUCCGGGAAAUUGCUGGGAAGGCGUUGAGAAGGGGGAACAUGAUGCUGUAGCAUUCGGCCGCUGGUUUGUCUCCAACCCCGACCUUGUCGAGAGACUGAGGACCGGGAAGCCGCUGUACAGAUACGACCGUUCCCUCUUUUACGGACCAUUUGAUAAUAACGAGAUUGGCUAUACCGUCCACCUGUCCAGGGAGUUCGCUGACGAGACCGACAUCGGGCGGGCACAGAUGGUCUGA